AAAAAAAAAAAAACUAAAAUAUGGAAAAACCCUAAACCCCUUCUCUUCUUUCUUAACAUUCUUCACAAACCCUACUUCCUCCUCUUCGUUUCAAUCAGGGACUUGUAAGAUGAAUCUCAACAAUGUUAAGGUUCCCAAUAUGCCUGGUGGUGGUGCAGCUUCUGCUUUGAUCAAGUUGGGAGUUAUUGCUGGUCUUGGUGUGUAUGGAGUUUCCAACAGUCUCUACAAUGUUGAGGGUGGGCAUCGUGCCAUUGUUUUCAACCGUAUUAUUGGUGUUAAAGAUAAGGUUUAUCCAGAAGGGACCCACUUCAUGAUUCCUUGGUUUGAAAGACCAGUCAUAUAUGAUGUCCGUGCACGCCCCCAUCUUGUUGAGAGCACUUCUGGAAGUCGUGAUCUUCAGAUGGUAAAAAUUGGUCUUAGGGUUCUCACUCGUCCAGUUCCGGACCAACUCCCCACUGUUUACCGAACUCUUGGUGAAAACUACAAUGAAAGGGUCCUACCUUCAAUUAUUCAUGAAACUUUGAAAGCUGUGGUUGCCCAGUACAAUGCUAGCCAGCUCAUCACCCAGAGAGAGAAUGUUAGCAGAGAAAUAAGGAAGAUUUUGACACAAAGGGCAGCCAACUUCAACAUUGCUUUAGAUGAUGUAUCCAUAACAAGCCUGACUUUUGGAAAAGAAUUUACAGCUGCAAUUGAAGCAAAACAAGUGGCUGCUCAAGAAGCCGAGAGGGCAAAGUUUGUUGUGGAAAAAGCUGAGCAAGAUAAGCGAAGUGCUGUUAUCAGAGCUCAGGGAGAGGCUAAGAGUGCCCAGCUUAUUGGACAAGCUAUUGCCAACAAUCCAGCAUUUAUCACGCUCAGGAAAAUUGAAGCAGCCAGAGAAAUUGCCCAGACCAUCUCACAUGCGGCAAACAAGGUGUACUUGAGUGCCGACGAUCUGUUGCUCAACCUUCAGGACUUGAACUUGGACACUGCACGAAAGUGACUUGGAUAGCGUAACAACUUUCAACAUUUUAUUUUCUUCCCAGCCAGUUAAAUUGUGGGACGGCCCUCCGUGUUUACAUAUUGAUUGGAUAGAUGGUAAUUCUCAGUUAAUUGAACUCUUGAAUAUGGGAACAUUUUGCACAAGAAAUUAUUCUGAAUUCGGGAUUGUCAAAUUGGUUAUUGAGGUAAAGUUCCUCCGGUUGUUGUCUGGUCUGACAUGACCAAGCUUUAUCAGCUUCCAAAAACAUGCCUCUGUUAACUCUUCCAUCUCUUUUAAUGGAUCUUUCUUGGUCA